CCAACUAGAGCGCUUGAGACUCUGCUGAGCCUUCCGCCUCUGGACCUCGUUGUGCAAUUCGAGGCAAUGAGGACUGCGUACAGGCUAUACGUCCUCGGCGAACUACGUGCUGGCGAGACCGGUCACGCAAAAAUUUGGUCACGGGCUAUAGAGGAAUGUCCUCUCCUUCUGAUGGGCAGUGACUGCAUGGCUCCAAUGAUUAUGGACUGCGAGGGAUUCGUGACGCACAUUGCAGGCAGAGAGGAGUGGCAGCAUUCCAACAGACCUGCAUUGCUAAAUAGGGGGACCAUCUGGUACACAGAUGGCUUUAGAAUGAAUAACAGAGUUGGAUCAGGGCUUUGUGGUGGGAUCCCACAUACCAGUAGGGCAUACUCGCUGGGGGAGCACGCCACUGUCUUCCAGGCCGAAGUAUUCGCUGUAUUAAAAUGCGGACAGAAAAUCCUAAGCUGCGGACACCGCAAUACAGUCGUAUCAAUAUGCUCGGACAGCAGAGCUGCCAUUAAGGCUAUCACGACCGCAAAGGUUGGCCGCAGGGUCCAGCUCGUCUGGAUACCUGUCCACGCAGGCCAUGCAGGUAAUAAGGAAGCGGACUCUCUUGCCAGACUGGGAUCCGCGAAUGUUCCGAUAGGGCCGGAACCCAUAGUUGGUAUCGCCAAAUGCGUUGCGGUCGCGUCAAUGAAGGGUCUGAUGGACAAGUUGACUCACCGAAGAUGGACUGAGUCGCCUGGUAUGAGACAGGCCAAAGCGCACAUAGGUGGGCCCUCGGCCUGUCUCACCAAAAAUCUACUACGCCUAAAAAGACGCGAAAUUCGGCUAGUGACAGGUCUUUUAAUCGGUCACUGGCACUUAAGAAACCAUCGGUAUUGCGGACAACUCGGAAUGCUGAUGGUGCUGUGAGAAGGAUGAAACCGUUGACCAUGUAGUCGGGGAGUGCCCAGCACUCACGCGCGCUAGGUUCAAAUACUUGGGUAACACUUUCAGUGUACCGAGUGACUUAAGGUCCUUCAGACCAGAGAGCCUUAUCGGUUUCUCUAAGGCCGUUGGGCUCUGGUAAACCCCGGUGGGGCAUGACGGGUCCAUCAGGAGACCUAUAUGCGCAACUGCCUUGGCGGCCCACUGUUUCGACAAUUCUAUUCAAGUAAUUUUUUCUCAUUUAACUUAAAAUCGAAUUUUUUACUAUCUGUAAGUGAUUUCUCAUUUUUCCCAGGCACUCACCAUUUUAAACUUUUAACUGCCUGUAAAUAUUUUAUUUUUUUUAAGGCACUUAAAUAACUUCUGCUUUUAUCUAAGCAGUCAAAAAUGUUUCUUAUGUUAUCUAGGCAAUUGAAGAAAUUUCUUACUGUGCCAAGCAUUUCAAUAUCUAAUUUAGAUUACCUGUUAAUUAUUUCUCAUUUUUCUCAAGGCUACUAAACCAUUUCUCAACUCUUCCAAGCAGUUAAA